GCGGUCUUCACUAUCAAGGCUGCGGCAAUAGUUUCAUCGUCCCCAUGCCGAUAACCCCGCGUAACACCGAACAUGUAUGGAAAGUUGCUCCGUCAAUGCCUCCUCUGUGCAACGACUUCGAGACACGACAAUAGCCGCAUUCACGUGAACAAGUCCCACGGCCGAGAGCUUAUGAACAUGCAGGUAUGGCUAGUAAAGGUAUAAAAAAAAAACGCUAUGGACUUAGCGAAAGAUUCGUCGAAGCUGUUGUAACUCGACAGUUAAGUCAGACGCAUACCGUUCUGCGUCCAUCAUGGCGUCUGAACACAGUCUUCCAAAGACGAUGAAAGCACUCGUCCUAGACUCCUUCUCCCAGCCCCCAGAGAUCAAGACAGUACCGACCCCUGAGCCCACCAUUGGCUCAGCAAUCGUCCGCAUUAUCUCGGCCAACGUUUUGAGCUACAGCGGCGACGUCUACUCCGGCAAGCGUCAGUACCCGUACCCGACUCCCUUCACUCCCGGAGUAUCAGCAGUCGUACGUAUCACCGCUCUCGGCCCGGACGCCACGAAGCUCAAUGUCGGCGACCUCGCUUUUCUGGACCCGCUUGUACGCUCGCGAGAUGCGCCUGAGGAGGCUUAUCUGGCCGGCUUGCACCAAGGUAUGAGCAAGGGCAGCGCGAAGCUGGCGGCAGAUGUGUACCGUGACUGGACGUAUGCGGAGUACGCACGUGUACCGCUUGAGGUUCUCACGGCGUUUAAUGAGAAGAGGCUUACCGGCAGUCCAGCUGAGGGCGGGCUAGGCUAUGCUAUCGAUCAGCUUGCUUACAUCUCUGCUCUCGGUGUGCCUUACGGCGGGCUGCGCGAUAUUGACCUGAAAGUUGGCGAGACCAUCAUCGUAGCUCCAGCGACAGGUCCGUUUGGUGGUGCGGCAGUGCUCAUGUGUCUCGCAAUGGGUGCUCGCGUCAUAGCAUUCGGCCGUAACACGGCAGCACUCGAGGCUGUCAAGCAGCGUGUGCCGUACCCAGACCGAGUGGCGACCGUGCCUAUCACUGGCGACAUGAUGCACGAUUUGGCCGAGCUGAAAAAGGCUGCUGCAGGACCUAUUGACGCCUUCUUCGACAUUGGCCCGCCGGAAGCUAGUAAGAGUACCCAUCUUAAGUCCGCCAUUCUCGCUCUACGCCACGGGGGUAGAGUCAGCUUGAUGGGCGGGUACAAGGACGAUAUACCACUCCCGCAUAAUAAGAUCAUGCACUGGAACAUCCGAAUCUUUGGGAAAUGGAUGUAUGAGCGGAGCGACGUCACGGAUCUGGUCAGGUUGAUCGAGAGUGGGAUUCUGAAGCUGGGUAAGGACGGCGGUGUCGAGGUAGUCGGGACCUUUCCGCUGGAGGAGUGGAACGCGGCAUUCGACAUGGCGGCGGAGCAAAACACGAUGGGCAGGUUCGUGCUUAUUAAGCCCUGAUUUGAGUGAAGGGUACGCGGCGGUCUGAGGAGAAAACCGAUAGAGUCUGGAAGUGCUCCGGUCUUUCAAGCCUGUGAGGCCUGUGCCUUAAGCACCAACCUCACGAUUCAUAUCCCUAUCCCCACCAUACCCGCCAAUCUUUCUCUCCGACACCUCGU